AAUAUAAGACCAACUACAGCAAUAGAUCCUUAUAUUCCCUUGUUUGACAUGAACUGCAAACCUUUCAUUAGCAGUACUAAUUGGACCAACAAACCAAAUCAUUAACAAGCGCCCAAGAGAGAUACUUUAGCUGCGGUUGAGUACCAAGUCUUUAUAAGUCUUCUUCCAUUUCUGACUUGCAACUUCUCAUUUGUAAGCUCCAUUACCCAUUUUUUUUGUAACUGGAACACAAUAAUUCUGCGAUUUCUGAAGCUGAAGAUCCUUCAACCGUCACUAAGCUAUGAAUCCAGAAUAUGAUUAUCUUUUUAAACUUUUGCUAAUCGGAGACUCUGCUGUUGGCAAGUCAUGUCUUCUGCUGAGAUUUGCGGAUGACUCCUACGUAGAAACUUACAUCAGUACCAUCGGAGUGGACUUUAAAAUUCGAACAGUGGAGCAAGAUGAGAAGACCAUCAAACUUCAGAUUUGGGAUACCGCUGGUCAAGAACGUUUUCGUACAAUCACAAACAGCUACUACCGUGGUGCUCAUGGCAUUAUUGUUGUAUAUGAUGUAACUGAUGAAGAAAGUUUCAAACAUGUCAAAGGCUGGCUGCAAGAAAUUGAUAAAUAUACCAAAGGAAAUGUGACCAAGCUUUUAGUUGGAAACAAGUGUGACUUAACUGACAAGAAAGUGGUUUCUUAUGAUACUGCCAAGGCAUUUGCCGAUGAGGUCGGAAUACCAUUCUUUGAAACAAGUGCUAAAGAUGCCACUAAUGUUGAGCAGACUUUCCUGACUAUGGUUGCAGAUAUAAAGAGUCGGAUGGUCAGUCAACCAACAACUUCGGACAAACCCGCUGUGUGGCGUAUGCAGGGCAAGCCAGUGGCUCAAAACUCUUCCUGUUGUUCCUCCUAACCUGCUGCUUUUGACUAACUAUAUAGUUGUAAAAUUCAGCCACGAACAACUUUGUUUUUCGAAUUGUUGCUUUGUUUAUUUAAAUUAGCCCAGUAUACAGAAACUCUUUAAAAUUUUUAGCUAUAUUUUAUUAACUAAUAUUAAAAAUGGGCAGUUGUCAAAUUUAACUUGCCUUUUCUUUCUCA